AUGGCCUAUUCCCCUAGUUUGCAUUCAGUGUACACAGCAUACGAAUUUCACAAAUCUAAUUGUUGUCUCUGUUCUUCACAGGACUUGCGCAAACAGGUAGCUCCGUUGUUAAAGAGUUUCCAAGCAGAGAUUGAUGCAUUAAGUAAAAGAAGUAAAGAAGCUGAAGCUGCCUUCUUGAAUGUUUAUAAGAGAUUAAUUGAUGUCCCAGAUCCAGUACCUGCCUUGGAUCUGGGACAGCAAUUGCAACUAAAGGUACAACGAAUGCACGAUAUUGAAACCGAGAAUCAGAAGCUCCGAGAGACAUUAGAUGAAUACAACAAAGAGUUUGCUGACGUCAAAAAUCAAGAGGUUACAAUAAAAGCACUUAGAGAGAAAAUCCGGGAAUAUGAACAGACCCUGAAGAACCAGGCGGAAAACCUGGCUCUGGAGAAAGAACAAAAGUUACAAAAUGACUUUGCUGAGAAGGAGAGGAAACUGCAGGAGACUCAGAUGUCUAUGUCUUCCAAACUGGAGGAGACUGAACACAGAGUUCAAGUUCUGCAGACAGCUUUGGAAAAGUCUCAGGCAGCAUUAUUUGAUCUGAAAACAAAAUACGAUGAAGAAACCUCAGCAAAGGCCGAUGAGAUUGAAAUGAUCAUGACUGACCUUGAAAGAGCCAACCAGAGAGCAGAGGUGGCACAGAGAGAAGCAGAGGCCUUAAAGGAGCAGCUCUCCUCAGUUAACAAAUCUCUCGACCAUGCCUCGCAGAAGCCGCCUGAUACGGAUCAGACGACGGAGGGAACAGGUCACUCCAAUAUGGAAGUUGAACUUACCGCAAAGGAGCGUGAAAUAGCCCAACUUGUGGAGGACGUGCAGAGGUUACAGGCCAGUCUUACAAAGCUCCGUGAAAACUCCGCUUCUCAAAUAUCUCAGCUUGAACAGCAGCUAAACACCAAGAACAGCACUCUUAAACAACUUGAAGAAAAACUUAAAGUGCAGGCGGACUAUGAAGAAAUUAAAAAGGAGCUCAACAUUCUGAAAUCCAUGGAGUUUUCCCAGUCUGAAGGAUCAAGUGCACAGGAAGCAUCAAAACCAUUGGAGGUUCUGUUACUGGAGAAGAACCGCACGCUGCAGUCCGAGAACGCCACGCUGCGCAUUUCCAACAGCGACCUGAGUGGGUCAGCCAGGAGAAAAGGGAAAGACCAGCAUGAAACUCAGCGUCCUGCAACCUUGCCGGCCUCCCCUCCCUCUCAGUUGCUCCGCAACGCAGGGGAGCAGGCUUCCAAUACUAAUGGUACACACCAGUUCUCACCAACGGGUUUAAACCAAGACUUUUUCAGCUCAUCCAUUGCAAGCCCUACUUUACCCUUGGCCUCCACGGGAAAAUUUGCACUAAAUUCACUUCUCCAGCGACAGCUUAUGCAGUCCUUCUACUCCAAGGCAAUGCAGGAAGCAGGAAGCACAAGCAUGCUUUUUUCAACAGGUCACUUCAGCACAAACUCCAUAUCUUCCCAAAGUCCAUUACAACAGCCAAGCCCGGAUGUAAACGGCAUGGCUCCUUCACCAAGCCAGUCAGAGAGCGCUGGGAGCGUCUCGGAAGGCGAAGAUAUGGACACUGCAGAAAUUGCACGUCAAGUGAAAGAGCAGUUGAUCAAGCACAAUAUUGGGCAGCGUAUCUUUGGACAUUAUGUACUGGGACUAUCACAAGGGUCUGUGAGUGAGAUACUGGCCAGGCCCAAACCAUGGAAUAAACUAACUGUACGAGGCAAGGAGCCCUUCCACAAGAUGAAGCAGUUCCUCUCCGAUGAGCAGAACAUCCUUGCACUGCGGAGUAUACAAGGCAGACAAAGAGAGAAUCCAGGCCAGAACCUGAACAGACUAUUUCAGGAAGUACCGAAAAGAAGAAAUGGGUCUGAAGGAAAUAUUACUACACGGAUCAGAACCUCAGAGACGGGCUCCGAUGAAGCCAUUAAGUCUAUUCUAGAGCAAGCCAAAAGAGAGCUGCAGGUGCUGAAGACGGUUGAGCCGGCUCAGCCCCCUUCAGCAUCCAGCAGUGGUAAUUCUGACGACACUAUUCGGUCCAUUCUACAACAAGCACGGCGAGAGAUGGAAGCCCAGCAGGCUGCUUUUGAACCUGCCUUAAAGACGGCAUCUUUAUCCCAAGCUGACCUUGCCAUCCUCUCCCCAAAAAUAAUUUCCACCACUGCUGUCUCUUCUGCAUCUACUUACUCUCCUUUAAUUAUGUCCUUGAAGAAACAUACGCCUGUCUUAGACUCUGGUAUCGCUACUUUACAAAACCUUUCUAGUGUAAAAAAAGAGCCACAGGAGACGUCAGUGUUAGAAUUUCAUGGCAUGACCGAUUCAACGCCAAGCAUUCUAAGGCAUGUAAAAAAUGAGCUGGGACGAGGUAAUGUUUGGAAAGACCAUUGGUGGAACACUGUUCAACAUGACCGGAGAAGCACUGCCAUGGCCGAAGACACAAAAACGGAGGAGACCAACUGCACAAAGGAAAAAGUGAUCAAUCCGAAUAGGUCAGAACGGAAUCAACUCCAAGGACCAUCAUCUUCUUCAGAUUACUGGAAAGAGUGGCCAAGUGCCGAGUCUCCCUACUCUCAAAGCUCCGAAAUUAGCAUGACCGGAGCCAGUCGUAGUGAGACACCACAAAACAGUCCACUGCCUUCUUCUCCUGUGGUCUCUAUAGCCAAGCCGACCAAACCAUCGGUCCCUCCGCUAACCCCAGAGCAGUACGAGGUUUACAUGUACCAGGAGGUGGACACCAUUGAUCUGACUCGUCAAGUGAAAGAGAAGCUUGCAAAAAAUGGAAUCUGCCAAAGGAUAUUCGGUGAAAAGGUGCUGGGCUUGUCACAGGGCAGUGUCAGCGACAUGCUGUCCAGGCCGAAACCUUGGAGCAAGCUGACCCAGAAGGGCCGGGAGCCGUUUAUUAGAAUGCAGCUCUGGCUGAACGGUGAGCUGGGGCAGAGCGUCCUGCAUUCCCAAGGACAGCAGCAAGGACAAGCCCUGCAAUCUGCAGCAACUCAACAGGAUUCUGUGAUCGAAGGAUGUCCAAGUUCAGAAAACACUCCAAAAAGCUCAACCAGCUGCAGCCCUGCUCCAGAAUCACCAAUGAGCUCCAAUGAAUCGGUGAAAAGCCUGACAGAACUAGUGCAACAGCCGUGCCCCCCAAUUGAGACCAACAAAGAAGGAGAGGCCCAGGAGUCAAGUGAUGCCACUGGAGGUGACUCCCAGCCACCAACACCACUUCCAUUCCCUGGCCAUUCAGCACUGAGCAUCCAGGAGCUGGUGGCCAUGUCACCAGAACUGGACACCUAUGGCAUCACCAAGAGGGUGAAAGAAGUUUUAACGGACAAUAAUUUAGGUCAGCGUCUGUUUGGAGAGACCAUUCUCGGCUUAACUCAAGGCUCCGUCUCUGAUUUGCUGGCUAGACCAAAACCCUGGCAUAAACUAAGUUUGAAAGGAAGAGAACCAUUUGUACGAAUGCAACUGUGGCUCAAUGAUCCAAACAAUGUAGAUAAGCUCAUGGACAUGAAACGGAUGGAAAAGAAAGCUUACAUGAAGAGAAGGCACAGUUCGGUGAGUGACAGCCUGCCCUGUGAGCCGCCUCCUACAGGCAUAGAUUACAGCCAGGGAUCCAGUCCCCAGCCACAGCAUCAGCUGAAGAAGCCACGCGUAGUAUUGGCUCCUGAGGAGAAAGAAGCUUUGAAACGGGCUUACCAGCAAAAGCCAUACCCUUCCCCGAAAACUAUUGAAGAGCUUGCAACACAACUGAACCUGAAAACCAGCACCGUUAUCAACUGGUUCCAUAAUUACAGGUCUCGCAUCCGUAGAGAGCUGUUCAUUGAAGAAAUUCAAGCAGGUGGUCAUGGACAAAUUGGUUCUAGUGAUUCUCCAUCAGCUACAAGCAGCAGAGCAGCCCACAGUUCAGAAGGAGAUAGCUGCGAUGGUGUAGAUAUGGAAAGCACAACUGAUGGGAAGCAUGGUGUCCUUGAAGGAGAUGAAUUCAGUGACAAUAUAAAGUCUCAGGGUGGGCAGACAGAUUCAGCUUUUGAAGAGGGUGAAGACGCUAGACCUACUGAGAAAUCGGACAACAGCCGGUCAGAAGUAGACAGCCCAGUUGAAAAGGUUGAGGAAGGCCGGAGAAAGCAGAGUCGGACUUCCCUUCCUGGAUCUCGGUGUUCUGGAGAGAGUUCAGAGACGACACCGAAAUCUGCUACUGAAAAGCAUGCCUCUACCUCAGCUGCCUCAAGCUUGGUCCCCACAAAGGAGGGUUUUAACAAGUCUAGUGAAGAUUCUGAGAAACUAUCCAGUGUGCCAAGUACAAGUUCACAGAAAGGAAGCUCGAUUCAGAGCUUGUUCAACUUUUCUGAGACAGCAAGUUCCAAAAACACACGGGACAACUCCUUGAGGAAAAAGAAAGCCGCAAACUUGAACAGCAUAAUUCACCGCUUAGAGAAGGCCGCUAGUCGAGAAGAACCCAUCGAAUGGGAGUUUUGAAAUUAAAUUAACCCUGGUUCCAGAAAACUGGGGAUUUUAAACUGGACCUCUCACUGGUUAUAUCAUAUUGCGCACUUACCGCCCUGCAGGCCACAGGGCAAAAACGCCAUAGGCCAAGGUGCAUAUAGAAUAAAAAAGGAGCAUUAAGCCCAAUUUUAUGUUGUGUUUUCGAGGACGAAAACUGAAAUAUGUAGUCAAGCUUUUUGUAACCUGAAGUGUUUUUACUAUUACCCAAGUGAUUUUCACACUUUCUGGAAUAACUCUUACAGCUUUGCCUUGUGCCCACCUUUUUAGUGUGGGCUUAAAAAAAAGUACAAAAAAAGCUAAAAAAAAAUUGAACCCACAAAAUAUAUGGGGGCUUUUUAUCUGCCAUGUAAUGGCCGCAGAGCGAUAAUACACUAUGAUCUUCUUAUACCAGGAAAAGGAGGAGAUUUUUCAGGAAAAAAAAAAAAAGGUUGUCCUUUUUUAUCAUUUUGGUUUUCCUUUUUAGUAGGUGUUUCAGUUGCCACAAAGAGAUUGCACAGUCAUCUGACUCUAAACACACUAGUUUGGAAUCCUAUUUUCAAGAAGUUAAAAUAAAAAAAUAAAAUAAAAAAAGAAUAAAAAAAAACCUGCUCAGAACUUUAAAUAAAAGAAUUACACCAAUCCACAUAUUUUCUAACUAAAGUCACAUCAGGAAACUAUUUUAAUUUGUGGUAGCUGAUGUAGUGUUUUCUUGGUAGUGAAACUAGGUAUCCAGUGCACAUUGUUUCAUAGCUUUAACUAAUUAUGGUCUUUUCCAGACCAGGAUUUGUUUAUUACACUCCAUUUUAGGCCAAAUCAGGACAAAAAAAAGAUCUGAAUUUAGGUAUUUUCUAAUCUGCUUUUUAACCUCUAACCACAGAGCACGCUGAUUCAGACCUCAUAUUUUGGAAGGGUAAAAGGGUACAAGUUGGAAUGGCAGACAUGUACUGUUAUACAUCCUUACAGUAUUCCCUACAUACCGACACACACACACAAAUAUGUGUAUAUAUAUAUAUAUAGAAUUUAGUUUUCUUUUACAAAAGGCCACUUUUUUUUUUUUUAUAUGUUUAACUAUUACCAAAUAUGCUGCCAGCUUGAUGCAGAGAAAAUAGACAUUUUAAAUGCAGUCUAAUUAUAAACUUUUUAUGUAUAAAAAAUAUAAUAAAAUUAUAGAAAAAAAAGAUAAAACAAAGCAACCUCUUAACUCUGACAUAGUACAGUGUAAAUAGUCAAAUCUAGAACCAAAAUAACCAUUGGACGAGACAGCAUUUGUGGCCCCCUAGCAAUCUUUCCGACAACUGUCUGUUCUCGUUCAAAGUACGACACCCAUUCCAAUUUGUAUCCUCUUCCUUCUUGCUGUCAAUAUGUGUGUGAGAGAGAACAGAGACGUGUGGGAAUACCCGUGUAUGCAAUUUUAUAAGUCUGUGUAUUUUCUUAUGUACUUGUGCACACAUAGAGUGCAUUACUGCCACCUUUUUCAAUAAGCUGGUUUAUCUGCUAUGGCUUCGACAAGAUUUGCUGAACUAGGCUCGUUUCUCGCCAUAUCUUAAAAACUAACAAUAGAUGAUUUCAGUAUAUAUAUAUUUUUUUUGCUUAUUUAUAGGUGCUGUAUUUUAUUAUCUGAUUGUUAGGAAGGGAUGAAAACGGGGGCAAAUAUUCUUUAGAGGGAUAGACUGCCGGCAGUAUUGGGUAUAAUUUACAAGAUGUAGUUGUCAUACUGUAUAUUAUUGAUUUAAAGAUUUUUUUUCUUUGAUCUUAUCGUGUAUCAUUGAAACAUUGUGUCUUAGGUCAGCAUCUUUUGAUGACGUUAUUUGGUGCAUUUGUUACUUAUGUUUUAAUAUAUCUUUUUUUUAUUUUAUGUUUUAAUCCCUUUAUCUUAUAGGGGAUGGGAGUGUUGUUAUAAAACUGUACUCCCUAUGCUAAACCUCAAUGAGCUUGUAUUAUUUAGUAGAAACAUUUUAAUGUGUAGAACCACAUUUGUUAUACAAGAGUGUAGUAAAAUAAUAAAAUGUUCUUUACAUGCAUUGGUAAGAUGCAGUAGCACUUCAGGUUAAGGAUAGAUUAAAUUCUCGAUGAACAAUACAGAAAACUAAUUACAAAAAAAGAGGCUCAGAGGCAAAAAGGGCAAGUAAAAAAAAAUGUCAGCAGAUUUUUGCUGUAUUUGUAGUAACACCAAUUGAUAAUCACUAGUCAAUUCGGUUACUGUAUAUUGUCAUCUUUAAAGUUUUUUUUUUUUUUUUUUUUUUUUUUUUUUUUUUCCCCCAUCUGAACACUUAAAGGGUUGUUCAUGUUUUUGCAGUAUGUUCUAUAAGCCUAUUUCUAAAAAAAAAAAAAAAAAAUGUGAUUCCCCUUUAACAAUAUACAUUUAAAGCCGUGGUCUCCAACCUGUGGCUCUGCGUAAUAUUAUGAAAAUAAAUAAAUUCUGGUGUGACAUAAUGAGCAUGAUGAUCAAAAAUGAUACCUGUCUUUUAGUUUUAAAGAUAUUUUUUCUCUCUAUUUUGCAUAUAAGUAGAAGUCACGUCCCCAUGAAUCCCCUUUAAACUGUGUUUAGUAGUGGCACAAAUUUGGUGCAGGGGUUUCACAAUAACCCCUCACCUUUACACCCUUAACAUCAGCAUGAUAGCUAUUAAAUAGUUCAGCCUGCAGCCAUAAUCCACCCAGUAACAUGCAAACGUGCAUGUUAUGCCUGUGCAAUCAGCCUUCAUAUAUGUGUGUGGUUGUCAUACAGCGUUACCAGCCACUGACACCUAAUGCCUGACUAGCUGUCAAAAGAAAUUUAAAAAUAGUUGGGCCUAAGGCAGCAGCCUAUUCUGCCCAUCUCUCAUCUUAGCUUUGCCCAUGUUACCACGUCAGUCACUAAAACUACCAAAGAAUUGGAGGCAUGUACAGAAUAUACAUACAUGUGAAACUCGAAAAAUUUGAAUAUCGUGCAAAAGUCCAUUUAUUUCAGCAAUGCAAGUUAAAAGGAAUUGCAUUAAUGCAGCUUAAAAGUAGAGUUUUAUCAAAAGGUUCAAUAUUCGAGGCUCAAAGUGUCACACUCUAGUCAGCUAAUUAAUCCAUACCCACUGAGCAAAGGGUACCUCAAAAUAGUGACUUUGGGGAUUCAUAAGCUGAAAUCCAUAAUCACCCAAAUUAUACCAAAUACAGGCUUGAAAUAUCUCGCUCUGCAUGUACUGAGUCUAUCUCAUAUGUUAGUUUCACCUUUUAAGUUGCAUUACUAAAAUAAAUGAACUUUGCACGAUAUUCUAAUUUUUCGAGUUUCACCUGUAUUUCUUAACUAUAGAUAUCAAUCUUUUCCGGUCUUAGGUGUAAAUAAUAGGCUAUUUAAAAAGUUUACAUACACCUACAUAAUAGGGUAGGUUCACAUCUGCGGCAGGUAAAACCAGUAGUCUGUUCCGGCAAAGGAGCAGACUACUGAAGUUACUGUAUCCGGCACCGCCAGAUCCCCAUUGAUUGUGAUGGGAUCCAGCAGGUUCCCAGUAUAAAUGCUGGGAAAAUACCGCAGUAUUAGGAGAAAGCUAAAGAAUACCUCUGGGCUAUAAAUGGGACCAAAUAAACCAGGGAUAUUGAGAAGAACAAAAGUAGAGAUCAUGUGGGCAAACUCUCCUAACCAGUACUGUAGCUGAUAGUGAGGAUGCGGGCUUCUUAGUGUCCCUCCCACCAGAUCACUCGGCAAAUGCUCAAUUCCCAUAUAACACUGCUGCAUGAGCUGUUACAGGACACCCAUUGGAAUCAAUGAACAUCCAUGUAGCACCCCUUCAUGACCUCCAUAUGCCCUGAUGGGAGACACGGAAAUAGAUGUCCAAAUUAUUGUCCAAAGUGGGAAACCUUUAAACCCUGGCUAGCCUCCUCUAGGCUAACAAGCUUCUAAUUCAUUACAUCCUGUAAACAUCCAAAGAUUUUCUUAAUUGUUUCUUUUUGAUGACCAUCUGCAGAUUUCACCCAUAUGUCAGAAGAGCCGCUACAGUGAAGGAGACCCAUAAAGCCAUACUAUCCAUGUGUUACAUCAACAGACUAUGGUCUUCUAUGCAAACUGGUCCUAAACCAGUAGAUGAACCAAAAAUCACAAAUUAGUCAUGCAUGUAGGAUCUAUCCACAUAUUCAGUAUAAUCUUUUCCAGCCAUAGAUAUAGACAUGUGCAGCUGGCACACUGUAAAAAUAGACAUUACUGCCACAUACCCUUUUUUUUGCAUAUGAGGAGAGUUAAAGAUUUGUCACCUAAGUUAUAGAGCAAAACUACUGCAUUACAGCAACACUAAGCAAUAAGGUAUAGGACCAUACUGAGUACUAUACUGCUGUUACAUUAUACAGGGAAAUCCUCCAGCAUUGUCAGGUAAUCUGUAUAUCUCAUUGUCCAUUUUUAUUCAAUGUACAUUCUAAUAACUGUAUGGUGACCACUGAAGUAUCUCCAAGCAUGCUCUACUUCUACCAUGCUUCUCUCUAAACUUUCACAUACAUGAGAGAUUUUUACGACUGGCCUGUGUAUGAGGUCCAAGUCCCAGAGACUCCAGAAUUUUUUUCAUAUUCACAGUUUAUUGCUAAGUUUUCCAGUAUAGUUUCUAUAUCAAUUCCUUGUGAUGUUCAAGAUCUCUGCUUGCAGUUUACUUCCAGAUUAAGGCUUUUUGAGACCAGGGCAAUUUUGGAAAUGCUGUUUCCCAUUUUUCCUUCCCGCCUUCCAAGAGCCCCAACUUUCUCAUUUUUGUGUCAACAUGGCUAAAGGAGGGCUUGUUUUAUGCUGGAUUAGUUCUUAUUUUUAAAAGCACCAUUUAACAAUCCAUGUGAUUAAUGUAUUGUGAAGCUGUAAGAAAAAAAAGAUAUUUUGGGGGGUUAAAAAAUGCAAUUCAAUGUAAUUUGGGGUUAUUUUUUACGGCGUUUACUAUGCAGUAAAAGUGAAGGCUAAUUUUUUUUGCAAGAUGAGCUGUCGUUUUUAUUGGUAUAUUUUGAGGAACACGUAACUUUUUAUAAUUUUUUUUAAUUUGAAUUCCAUUUUUGGGGUGCGGCAAAGUGACACAAAAAAAAAAAUUCUGUUUUUUUUUCACGCUGUUUACUGUGCAGGAUUAAUCACAUGAUAUUUUAGUAUAGUGCCCAUUUUUUGGAUGCAACGAUACCAAUUAUUUUAUUUUUAUUAUGCUAAAUGGAAAUUGUUUUUUUAAUUAAUAUUUCUGUGGUUUUUAAAAUAUUUUUAAACACUACUUAUUCAAGUCGUCUUGUACUAUUCACUGCGAUACUUCAGUAUUCUGAAAUAAAAAUGGCAAAACAAUUUCUAGCUUUCAGAUUCUGUAGUCUGAAAAAUAGCACACACCAUACAAACAUAAAACUACCCCGCCACUUGUUACAGAUACACUUCAUGUCCAGUCCUGUGGGUUAAAUACACAUAUGUCAUGUAGUCAUUUUGGGAUAAUAGAUCAAUUAGGGUAGAGACAGGUGCAGAGGCUGUCGUCCUACCUGGUACCUAGAGCCAAAAGUGGACACAUAAGGUCCCUCUGCCCCCAGCCCUAUGAAUGUGUCAUAGUUAAAGGCCCUUUACAGAUUUUACAUUGCUAGAUGCUGUAGGUUACCUCUCUGGGUAGAGACAUGCAUAGAAACUGAAAACUGCACCAACAUGUGUUUUUGCUACAAAUUGGUGCAAUUUUCAAGCUCAUUGUUAAUUGCAAAGAUGUUCUGCAGGUAAACAUCAAUUUUACCCAUAAUACCGCCUGGUCUUUACCACAUGUCAGUUUGUAGGGGGGGAAGACACAUUAGAGCCACACCUUGGCUGCAUUCUGGCCACUUUGUAUCUUUAUUAAGGAUGAAACCGAUUAACCCUCCUGAUCAAGCUCUGAUGGAGAAUGGGUAAGAAGUUACCUGCCAGAUCCUGCGCCACCACCCUGUUUCUCCUGUCCGGGCUCUAUUUACCCAGCUGCAGUGGUGAUGUCAUUUCAACAACACAUGACCACUGCAUCCAAUCACUAGUCUCAGAGAUGAACCCAGGCCAGUGAUUGGCUGCAGCAGUCAUGUAUUGUUGACGUAACGUCACUGCUGCAGCUGAGUAAAUAAAGCCCGGCCAGGAGAACUGGAGCAGCCGAGCAGAAUCUGUCAAGUAAGUAUUUAGCCAUCCUUCAUUGCAGCUUGAUCUGGAGGGUCGAAACUGGACAACCCUUUAAACACCUAAUGUAUUUUAAUGCGCCCAAUAACCAGUUUUUUUGGAAUUUUUUUUUCUUGCCUUUUGCCUCUAAGAGCCUGAAAAUAUUUUCAACAGAUAUUGUGGUUCAAAGUGUUGGAUUUCCUUAUACUAUUUAGUUUCAGUAGAUUCAGGACUGGUUGUGAUGCAAGAAACUGCAAUAUACCACAUGUAUCAUUCUAGGACAGAGAGAACUGUUCUGUACACCAGACAGAUAUCUUCUGCUAUACUAAGACGUAUCAAAUGGUAAAUGGCACUUUGUUUCUGGACUUCCAAAUGCUCAUUAUAUUUUACGAGGAAAUAUUGUAACGUUUUGGUUUCUAAAUCCCAUUAAUAUUUCAUUGUUGUGUUGUAAGACAUUAACCCUGCUACAUUGUUACAGUAAGUGUCUACUGAGAUUGACUACACCAUGUAGAUUAAGCUUUUGGUGGCCUAACUUGAGUUUCUGUCAGUGACGACUGGUGGAAGCAGCCAUUGUAGGGAGUCAACCAAUAUUCCAGAGUAGGUAGCCUAUCCGUUACUAGUGACCGGAGAGAGGAAUGAUUGCCUGCUGCCGUCACUGAUGGAUUCCCAUAGUAAUGUGAUUGCUUCCUAUCCUCAGGCAUAAUGGUUAAGCCCUCACAUAAUGGCCGCCUCUACUCUGGGUCGGUGACUGGUUACCACAUGUGCAUCUAUCUGUCACCUAGAUCUCAGCAAUUUCAGAUAAAUUCCACUUCCGCAGCGAGCACGUUUUGGACAGAAGCUAAAAAAAUUGCCACUAUAUAAUUUCACAUUGUCACACUAAAUAUUGGUCAUAACCUCAUGACAAUACAGCCUGCAGUACUUUUUAUAUAUAUAUUUUUCUCCUCAUUUCAUAUUUUUUUGCAAUGAGUCUACCACAAAUGCAGUUGUAUUUGGAUAGACAUAUGGGCUUGUAUCCAAAGGCAAGAUUCACCUGUAACAAAGGAGGAAAAUAACGCAUUUCUUCAUGUCCCUGUUUAUGUUACUCUAAAACUAACUCUAUAUAUUUGUGCAAUAACUACUUGCCAUGAAGAUGGGUGCAGCUGAAAAAUGCCCUGACUACUAACACAGCACAAGAUGAACUCAGACGUGAUGUACUUGUCUUUUUUUUAUCCUUAUUUCUUGAGAACAUUUGAAUAAGCUCAGUUCCCCCGGUGUAUUGUGGUGUCUGACAUUUUUAGCAGUAUUCUAUUAUUUUUUUAAAAAAAUUUUUUUUCUGUACUGCAUUAAGUCUUAGAUGUUUUUAGAGCUUGUUUGUUAUUCACGAUCACAAGUUUAAAAAUAUGAAAAAAACAAAAAAACAAAAAUCCUCACAAGAGACCCAACUGACCAAAAAAAGUGUAAUUUUUGUACACGUAGCUUUGAGAAGCCCAUGUUGUGUUGCUGUGACUCCUUUUUUUGUAGCUUUUUCUUUAUUGGUAUUUGUUCAAACUUAUAGUACAAGUUCUUUAUGGCUGGCGACAGUGGGAAUAGAGGUCCCGUCAGCAGGCAUUGUUCUGUCUUUGUUUGGGUAGCCAUAAUAAUGUUUGUUCUCAGCACUGUACAACGGUCCCUAUAUGAUAUGGAGAAGCAAUAUCACUGUAUGAAUCUCACACAAUGUAUUAUUAUUAUUCACUAGCACCCUAGGUGUGAUAAUUGAAGUAAAUAUCUUUUAUACAAACACAGUCAAUGGUGG